AUGGUGCCCAUGAACAAAGGCUGUUCAACUUGCAACAAGCGCCGCUUCAAAUGUGACCGCACACAGCCAUCUUGCCAAAAAUGCAUUAAAAAGUGCCUCGAAUGUCCUGGCUAUGGAUCCAAAUUCCGGUGGGCCGGCGGUGCCGCUGUGCGCGGAGAAUUGAAGGGUCUCCAGGCCCAAGCGACAGCAGAGUCUCUUCGAGCAAAUGAGAAUCUACUGAGCAGAGUUGUGGCACCGGACAUUGAGUCACUGGGUGGGCUCUCAUUGCAAGAGCUAGUUGAAUACUAUGACAAGACAAUUGCCCCACGCAUGGUCUGGUUCGACUCCGAAGACAACAUUUACCGUCGCCAUAUUCUCCCCCUAGCACAGAAAAAUAAAGUCGUUCGUCUUGCUAUCGCUGCAGUCUCAGCUCAGCACGCGGCUUGCGGUCGAGGCGAUCACAGUGUCCCCGAAGAUGCACGCAAUGAGGCAGUUACGAUGAUCACGAAUUACAUCACUGAUGUCACAGAUCGAGUUACCGGCGGACAUGAUGUUGAGUUUGGUCUAGAUUUGGAUGCUGCAGAAUGGAUACUAGCCUCGAUGCUAGUACUUUCAUGUUAUGAAAUGGCACACUCAGGUGCUGAAGCCGCAGAGUUUCACAGAAAAGCGGCUCGCUCUCUUGUGUCCACUCUGGCCACUACGGACCAUUGCAAGAGCAAAUUCUUCACUUCGAUGAGAAACAAAUUGGCGACAUAUGAGGUCUUCGGCUCCACAACGUCGUUUGAUGUUCAAAGCAUUCAAGAUGCCGUGCUUUCGGACCCUGCAGAUGAAAUGCAGGGCAAUGACGAGACAACUCUUUUUUCCGGGUAUAUCAACCUCAUACACGAGGUCACCAUGCUUGGGCGUCUUGUCACAGCGGCGUCUGAAGCAAGUCGUGACUGGAAAGCGGAAUUUGGACUCGCGCGCGGAAUCACCUUGAUGGCGAUUGGUCGACAUCCCAGUAUCAAAACACUCGCUCAAAGACGAGAUCUUAUCCGCCUUGUGGACAUUCAUUAUAAUGCCGCUCUUCUUUAUGUUUCCAGGUGCCUCGGUCCUAGUGCCCUUGGACCCGGUGCCUUUGAUCAAACAGAAAUGGCUAUGUCAGAUCUAUUACAGCAAAUUCAUGCGAUGGAAGACAUGGAUUAUUGGCUUCAAAAUCUACCAUGGCCUUUAUUCAUAGCUGGUGCGGAAAGCUACGGCAACCCUGCGAGGCAGAUGGAAAUAUCUCGAUUAUACAGAAGAAUCCCGUACGUCACUGGCCUUCGCCAUUACCAUGAUGUACUGAGUUUCUUAGAUACAUUUUGGUCUGGUGCGCAGCCUGAUUGGCAAGUUAUGGCUCGGGAUUGGGAGGCAUCUGGUAGAAGGAUAUUAGCAUAUUAA